AUGGCGGAAUUUCCAAAUCUUGGGAGCCAUUGUGCUGUUUCAAGUUGUAAUCUUCUCGGUAAGUCUAAUAUCACGUGUUCUAGUUGGAAAUGCUUUAGAUUUCCUACCUUACAAGUGUUUUAAAUGCGAGAAGGAGUUUUGGUGAGUUUUACCAUUUUUUUGACGUCUUUGUUUAGUGCGGAACAUUUCAAGGCUGAAGAACAUGAAUGUGGGAUAAAGGACGUCCGUGUGCCUAUAUGUCCAUUAUGCGAACAACCCGUUCCCGUGGGAAAAAACGAGUCGCCGGAUCUAAUUGUUGGAAGUCAUAUCGAUAAUGAUUGCAAAUCGGAUCCAGCCAGACAAAAACGAGCUUAUAAGAAUCGAUGUUCGAAGAAAGGUUGUAAAAAACGAGAAGUUGUCCCAUUUACAUGUCCGGAUUGCGGGGCUAACUUUUGUGUGGGACAUCGACACGGCGCAGAUCACGAUUGUACUGGUGUGAAGUCGGUAAGAGGGCGACAAAUCAAUGACGAAGACCUGGACUUUCAGCUGGCUCGUCAACUGCAAUUGCAGGAAGACCAGUAUGUUUGCUCACCGAUGGCAUAGUAAUGAUUGUUUUCAGAAGGUUUUCGCAACGUACGCGAACCCCACAAGCAGAAAGAUGUUGUGUUUCAUAA